UUACGAACCAAUCAAAUAUGACCCUUAUUAGGCGGCGUGCACAAAGUACAUACGCACUGGUAGGGGGGAGGGGGGUCANUAUAGUGAACGCCACGAGUCAGGAGUACUACAAAAAUCCCAUUUUCUACGCUAUGGGACAUUACAGCAAAUUCUUGACCCCUGGAUCUCAACGGGUGUUUCAAACACAAGAACCCUCUGUUGACACACUGUUGUCAACCACUUUUGUGCGACCGGACGGGGGAACUGUAGUUAUUGCUCUCAAUUUGGGUGACGAACCCAUAGACAUAACUAUUGAUGACUUGGAAUCUAAGCAAAAAGUGACACAUUUAUUGAAAUCACAUUCAAUGCAAACUUAUCUGUAUUACACCAAA